GGCAAAAAUUCAAGAAGCGCGAAGUCGAGGUAUUGCUGUGUCAGAAAAGGAGCCUCCCCAACAUUGGGAGGAUAUUUGUGAAGAUGUAGAAAAUAUUAGUUUAUUGAUAAAUUUUUUGGAAUGGAUUGUGACAGAAGAAGAAAAAUUGUUAAGGGAAGAGGAAGUAGCCCAAAAAAAAGCUCAAAACGAAAGAUUAAAUGAUAUUAUUUCGCGGAUUUUAGACUCAAAGUUGGAGGAGUCUAGUAAUAGGAGAAAAGAGUUAGAUAAAGAAAUAGAAGAACAUAACAAGCAAAUAGAAAAACUGAAAAGUAUUGAAGAUAAAGAAAAUAGACGAAUAGAAAAGAGAAUCAAACAGAUAGAAAGACUGAAAAAUGGUGAAGAUAUUGACAGUGAUGAAGAUGUAGAGAGUGAGGAUGAAUUUUUGUUGGAAGAAGAAAAUGAAGUUAAAAACAUUCUCCUGAUUGGUCGCACUGGGAGUGGUAAAUCUACUUUGGCCAAUGUUCUAGUUAAUAAAAAUAAAGAAUUUGAACCAGUGUUUAAAGAAAGUGCGAGAAGUGUCAGUGAAACCAAAAAUAUUCAGACUGAAAAAUUUACGGUUGAUUUAAGCCGAGAUAGAACUCAAAAUAUUAGUUAUUUAGUAAUAGACACGGCGGGAUUUGGUGAUACCCAGUUAGAUAAUAAGGAAAUACUUAACUUACUAAAAGGAUUAGUGCCAAUUAUUAAAGAGAAUGGUCUUAAUCAGAUAUUUUUUGUGACUAAUGGCCGUUUUACUCAGCAAGAAGUCGAAACUUAUAAACUUUUAGAGUCAGUUAUUUUUGAUAGGGAGGCGGUUAAUUAUACUACAAUUAUUAGAACUAGCUUUGAUGAUUUUGAAGACAGAAAAGCAUGUGAGGACGACGAACAAAAUUUAAGAGAAGAAAAUCAAGAAAUAUUUAAAAUUUUAAAAUCAAGCAAGAUUAUUUAUAUCAACAAUCCCCCACUGAUUGGUCGUUCGGCAGUAAUUAAUAAGGAGGUUAGAAAAGAGUCACGCAAAAGAUUAUUAACACAUUUAGGUGCUUGUGGGGAUAACUAUUACCCAGUGAAUUUAGAAGAUCUUAAUAAGAGAAUUAAUGAUUACAUUACUAGCGAGGAGGAACUAAAAAGAAAAAUAGCACUAAAAGAGCAAAAAAAUCAGGAGGAACAAACUGAACAUCAAAAAGAAAUAGAAAGCAUUCGAGCUCAAAAGGAACGUGAACUAAAAAUUGCCGAACGGAAUUUUGAAAGAAAAAUCCAAGAGUUAAAAAACCAAAAUCAGAAAAAAAUCCAAGCCACCCGCCAAGAGUUUGAAACGGCUCACCAAUCACAACUUCAAAAGUCCCGUGAGGUUCAUGACAAAGAAGUAAAUGAAGUAAAACAGGCAAUUCAGAAUAACCUAAGCAAAAUAAGAAAUAGUUAUAGUUAUGUAAAAGUUGGCAAACCAGUUUGUCGUUACGGUCAUGAUAGAGAUAUUAGGGCUUAUGAUAAAUCGGGUUCUUUUAUUCCUGACCAAUCUAACUUCAUUGAUUAUAUUUACUGCCCUACUUGUGGAACUAAUGAUUGCAAUUUUACUUUACAGGAUGCUAAAAUUUACUCCCUAGAAGAAUUAAGUAGAAAAAACUCGCAACAUGCGGAGGAAAGAAAAAGGAAAAUGCAAGAAGCCAUUGAUGAACAAAAUAAAAAAGAACAAGAGAUAAUUAACAGAAUAAAUCAAGAAAAAACAAACCGCGACGCAGAAACUAUUCAGAACAUUCAAGAAAGAGAAAGGUUGGAACAUCAAGUAAUUAACCAACAAAAAAAACUUAAUGAAGAAAGAUUGAGACAGGAAAAACUAGUUAAAGAGAAUAAAAUAAACUCUACUAGUCAAGAUAGAGAGAAUGAAUUAAAAAGAGAACUAGAACAGAAAAAACAAGCACUAGAAGACCAUAUAAUACAAAGUGAGACGCAAAGAAAUAAUGCUUUGCAAGAACUAUAUGUUUAUAUUGAACAACGAAGAAGUUAA